AUGUUUGACAAUUUAAGAGCGUUUAUUAGACACGGAAAAUCAGCCUCUGUACCGCAAAAGAACGAGAUGUAUAAUAAGGACGCCAAGGGCGAUAUCCCCAUCACGGAUGCCGAAGCCGAACUUAUGCAAGCUUCUGAGUCCACUUUAGCCGGAAACUCCACACUUCCGUCAGACCUCGAGUAUUCUGACUACACUUCUGGAUCUUCCCAGGACGAGGUCGAAAGAUGCAAGAAACACACUCCUUCUGACAACUUGCCUCUGCUGGAACAUAAGCACCAGAAGCAUAUGAAGAAUGAGUUUGAUCAAAACGAGGACCACGCUUUCCAAAGAGCCGAGUAUCAACACAAUAAUGAAAACUACGAGUAUGCAACCAGACUCGUAGAGGAGGAGCGCAAGCAGAGAAAAAGGAAGUACCCUAAUCUUGAGCAGUAUGAAAUGAUGGAAAAGCUAGGUGAUGGCGCUUUUUCGGUUGUCUACAAAGCAGUACAUCGAGAAACAGGCAAGCACGUCGCCGUCAAGGUGCUUCGCAAGUAUCAAAUGGACAAUGCACAGAAGCAAGCGGUGCUUAAAGAGGUCAUCAUCAUGAGACAGCUCAAGCACCCCAACAUAGUCAAUUUCAUUGAGUUCAUCGAAAGUGAUCCAUACUACUAUAUUGUUCAGGAGCUUGUUGGUGGUGGCGAGAUUUUCUCCGCUAUUGUGAACUACACAUACUUGUCUGAAGACUUAUCACGUCAUGUUAUCUAUCAGACAGCUUUGGCGGUGCGUUAUCUACAUGAGGAGGUUGGAAUCGUUCACAGAGACAUCAAACCAGAGAACCUACUCUUUUAUCCUAUCGAAUUUAAGCCUUCUCUCAAUCCUAUUGCCAAGUUAAGAAGAUCUGAUGACCCAAAGACCAAGAAGGACGAGGGUGAGUUCACUCCAGGUGUUGGAGGCGGUACUAUUGGAACUGUUAAACUCGCUGAUUUCGGCCUCUCCAAGCAGAUUUGGAGUCAUAACACUAAGACUCCGUGCGGUACAGUCGGUUACACUGCCCCGGAGAUCGUGAAGGACGAAAAAUAUUCCAAGGAGGUAGAUAUGUGGGCUCUUGGAUGUGUGUUAUACACUGUGUUAUGCGGCUUCCCUCCAUUUUAUGAUGAGCGUAUAGAAACACUUACAGAAAAGGUUGCUAGCGGUGAGUACACAUUUUUAGCUCCUUGGUGGGAUGAAAUUAGCGCUGGUGCAAAAUAUUGCGUUUCUCGCCUUCUCACGGUCGAUCCUAAGCAUCGUUACACAAUUGACGAGCUUCUACAAGACCCUUGGUUGAGAGAAGCCGGAAGGGCAUAUGAAAAGCCUAACUUAUCAUCGCGUCCAUACACAUCAUCUCAGAUUGGGAGGUUGCAACUGUCCAUCUACAAAAAUGAACUUUAUUCCCCUGCAGCUACAGCCAUGCGUGAAGCCUUCGACAUUUCAGCGGCAGUCCAUCGUGCUGGUGAGGAAAAUGCCUUACAAAACAAUAUUCGUAAUGCGCUCCCAGGCAUGACAGAAGAGGAAGAUGAGGAGAGCAUCGGAAUCAAGAGCCAGGUCCAAAAGGAUACUGUGGAUACAGAGAAGAGCUUGUUUGACUUGAAUCUUCAUGGUGCUUCCAUACUAGAAAGAAGAAAGAAUAAAGCUUUAUUUUAA